UGGCCUCUUUUUCAAGCUCUGGGAGAACUGACUGGUAUUACUUCGUUAAAAAAAGGCAGAGUAAGCAAAAAGCAACUCUGAAAGUUGGACAAAUUCUCUGCGCUUCAUGUAGAUAGGAAUCGGGUGCUUCAAUUGUUUCUCAGCACGACUCGUCCUGAGUCUUGACUCAUGGCCAAUAACCCAUCCGAGGCUCCCACCGAUGACUUCUUCGAACAAAUUCUGGGCCUCCCGACUUUCGCUUCCAUUGACUCUGGCUUGGCUGGAGCUGAUGGUGGCUUGGCCGGUACUGCUUCUCCGGCUCCCAAGAUGCUGCAGCUCAACUCCAGCGAUGCCACCGGCCACCCUUCCGCCGUUGGUGUUGCUGGCGGCACUGGUUUUCAUGGACCAGUAUACCAGUUAGGCCUCAGUCUGGAGCAAGGAAAAGGAGGAAGUUAUUUUAAACCCGAGGAGGCUUCGGGCACUGGGAAGCGGUUUCGCGAUGACGUCGUUGAUGGUAGAACUAAGAAUGUUUUUCAUGGGCAAUGUAUGCCAUCUACCAUUCCUGCUGCUCCACAGCCACCAACAAUGCGACCAAGGGUGCGGGCUAGAAGAGGACAAGCUACAGAUCCACACAGCAUAGCUGAACGGUUGCGCAGAGAGAGAAUAGCAGAGAGGAUUAGGGCCUUGCAGGAUCUGGUUCCUAGUGUUAAUAAGACAGAUAGAGCUGCCAUGUUAGAUGAAAUUGUGGAUUAUGUCAAGUUCUUAAGACUUCAAGUGAAGGUUUUGAGCAUGAGUAGAUUGGGUGGAGCCGGUGCAGUGGCACCACUUGUGACUGACAUCCCAUUAUCAUCAAUUGAGGAAGAUGGGAGUGAAGGUGGAAGGAAUCAAGUAAUAUGGGAGAAGUGGUCGAAUGAUGGCACAGAAAGACAAGUAGCUAAGCUUAUGGAAGAAAAUGUUGGAGCUGCCAUGCAAUUCCUUCAAUCAAAGGCUCUCUGCAUAAUGCCAAUCUCCCUCGCUUCUGCAAUAUACCACUCACAGCCACCGGACACCUCAAGCAUAGUCAAGUCUGAGACUAAUCCUCCUCCAUAGAAGACCUCAACCUCCAUAGUCCAGGGCCUCACCUAACACUGCUGGGACCCCCAAAACCCCCAUAAUUCCAGUCACUGGAUGCAAUUAAAGUAGGAUGUCAUACUUGUAUCUUUUUUGCCUUUCUUUUCCUGCUUUUGUCAAUACAGGGGUGGAUGUCAAUGCCCUUGAAUAUGAGCAGACCCCACCUUGUCUUGCCGAGUUUCAAGUAAAAGGAAAGGAAUUGUCAAAGUUCACUUGAUACGCUCUUGUUUCCUUUUGUAUCAAUGGGUGGAGUGGGGGUAGUGGAACAUUAUGGGAGUGCUUUUAUAGUGGAAUGGUUUGUGGGACCUUGUCAAAGGAUAGAGUGGUGUGUAUAUUUAUUAGUGGAUGUAAUGUAAUUUAUGAGGAAUUUGAAAUGAAUAAUGGUUGCUUUCAACAAUGCUGGUGUUUGCAAUGUCCAAUGGAAAAUGAUGUUGCUUUUUGUUUGUUA